UCCGCGUCUGAAACAGGAAGCCCCGGCCUGUGCGUGAGUCACCGCCGAGAGCCCAAGCCAGAGGAUGGAGGAGCAGCAGGCACUUGUGGCCGCCAAGGACGGGGAUGUGGCGGCACUGGAGCGGCUGCUGGAGGCUGGCGCCCUGGGCCCGGGCAUCACUGAUGCUCUGGGGGCUGGCCUGGUUCACCACGCCACCCGGGCUGGCCACCUGGACUGCGUCAAGUUUCUGGUGCAGCGGGCCCAGCUGCCUGGCAACCAGCGGGCCCACAACGGCGCCACCCCAGCGCAUGAUGCCGCCGCCACAGGCAGCCUGGCUGAGCUGUGCUGGCUGGUCCGAGAGGGAGGCUGUGGUCUGCAGGACCAAGAUGCCUCGGGUGUCUCCCCGCUGCACCUGGCCGCCCGCUUUGGACACCCAGUGCUGGUGGAGUGGCUGCUCCACGAGGGCCACUCGGCCACACUGGAGACCCGGGAGGGGGCCCUGCCCCUGCACCACGCUGCCGUUAGCGGGGACCUGACCUGCCUGAAGCUCCUGACGGCCGCGCAUGGCAGUGGCGUGAACAGGCGGACGCACAGUGGCGCCUCCCCUCUCUACCUGGCCUGCCAGGAGGGCCACCUGCACCUGGCGCAGUUCCUGGUGAAGGACUGUGGCGCUGACGUGCACCUUCGAGCUCUUGAUGGCAUGAGCGCCCUGCAUGCUGCCGCUGCCCGCGGCCACUACUCUCUCGUCGUCUGGCUGGUCACAUUCACCGACAUUGGACUCACAGCACGGGACAGCGAGGGGGCCACGGCCCUGCAUUUUGCAGCCCGAGGUGGCCACACGCCCAUUGUAGACCGACUUCUGCUGAUGGGCACCCCUGUCCUGAGAGACUCCUGGGGUGGGACCCCCCUCCACGACGCAGCAGAGAACGGGCAGAUGGAGUGCUGCCAGACCCUGGUUUCCCACCAUGUGGACCCCUCCCUGCGGGAUGAAGAUGGUUACACAGCGGCGGACCUGGCGGAGUACCACGGACACCGGGACUGUGCCCAGUACCUGCGGGAGAUGGCCCAGCCGGUGCCCCUGCUGAUGACGCCGCCACCGCCGCCAUUCCCCCCACCUCCACUGUUGGCCACGCACUCCCUAGAGGAUGGAAGAAGAGGAGGCCUGGGGCCUGGGCACCCUGCCCCUGCGUCCCUCUGCCCCGCCUGGCCUGGCCAUCCUGACCAGCCUCUUCCCAGAGAGCAGAUGAGCAGCCCAGCCCCUCCGAGGAUCACUACCAAUGCCACGACCCACCCCGCGGGGACCGAGAUGGCGCUGGCAGGGGAUGCCCCAGAUGGCCUGGCCUCACUGCAGCUAGACGGGCUGCCCUCAGGUGACAUCGAUGGGCUGGUGCCCACUCGGGAUGAGCGUGGCCGGCCCAUCCCCGAGUGGAAGCGGCAGGUAAUGGUGCGGAAGCUGCAGGCGCGCCUGGGCGCAGAGAGUGCCGCGGAGUCCCAGGAUGAUGGUGGCAUCUCCGGCCCUGUGGAGCAAGCGUCCUGGAGGUACUCGCAGACCCACCAGGCCAUCCUGGGCCCCUUUGGGGAACUACUGACCGAGGACGACCUGGUCUACCUGGAGAAGCAGAUCGCGGACCUGCAGCUUCGGCGCCGCUGUCAGGAGUAUGAGAGUGAGCUGGGCCGGCUGGCGGCUGAGCUGCAGGCCCUGCUGCCCGAGCCCCUGGUCAGCAUCACGGUCAACAGCCACUUCCUGCCCCGGGCGCCCGGACUGGAGGCCGAGGAGGCCCCCACCCUGUCGGCUGAGUCCACGUGCUCUGCGGAGGCCUCAGAGGUGGCCCCUGGGGGGCAGCCCCUGCCCUUCUGGUGCAGCCACAUCUCCCGCCUGGUGCGCAGCCUGUCCCUGCUGUUGAAGGGCGUGCACGGGCUAGUGCAGGGGGAUGAGAAGCCAGCCACUCGGCCGCUGCGGGACGCCUGCAGGGAGGCCUCGGCCAGCCCCCCUUGGAGCGAGGCCCAGCGCCAGAUCCAGGAGUCGGGGGUGUCCGUGCGGACGCUGCGGGGCAACUUCGAGUCGGCCUCCAGCCCACUCUGUGGCUUCAACCCUGGCCCCUGCGAGCCGGGAGCCCAGCCCAGGCAGGGCCUGAGUGGCUGCUGGAAAGCCCCGCCGAAGCCCCGCGGUGUCCCAGCUUCGGGGCAGCCCAGGCCUGGCGACACGGAGGAGGCCAGCGACUCCGGCGUCAGCUGCGAGGAGGUGCCGUCGGAGGUGGGUGCCGCGGCCGGCCUGGACCCGGCCAGCCUGCGCAAGGAGCGCAUCGUCAUGCUCUUCCUCAGCCACUGGAGGAGGUCAGCCUACACGCCGGCCCUCAAGACCGCGGCCUGCAGGACCCUAGGAGCCCGCCACACAGGGUCUCGGGGCCGGGAGGCCACCAGGAGCCCUGGGCCACCUUCUCUGCCCAGCCCGGGCCCCCGGCUGGGCCACCUGUGGCAGCAGCGCAGCACCAUCACCCACCUGCUGGGCAGCUGGAAGGCCAUCAUGGCUCACGUGCCCGCCCGGCAGCUGCGGCGGCUGAGCCGGCGGCCCCGUGGGGCCCUGUCCCCCGAGCAGUUCCUGCCCCACGUGGACGGGGCUCCCGUGCCCUACAGCAGCCUCUCGCUGGACCUCUUCAUGCUGGGCUACUUCCAGCUCCUGGAGUGCGACCUGCCAGCUGAGGAGCGCAAGGCGCGCCACCUGCUCUGCUUCGAAGUCUUCGAGCACCUGGGCACCCACGGCUGGGAGGCUGUGCGCACCUUCCACAAGGCCGUGACCGAUGAGGUGGCCGCUGGCCGUCGGGCCUGGACUGACGGCUUCGAGGACAUCAAAGCCCGCUUCUUCGGCUCCAGCCAGGGUCCCGCCUGGGACUCGGAGCCUGGCCGGAAGUCAGGACUGACACCGCUUGGGCCCCUGCCGCACGCUGCUGUCCCCGGCAGCGGCCCCAAGCCCAUGUUACAGCGGCUGGGGACCCGCUCCCAGCGGGGCAGCUUCAACAGCGAGGACGUCUGUGGCUACAUCGACCGGAGCUUUGCCUUCUGGAAGGAGAAGGAAGCUGAGAUGUUCAACUUUGGAGAGUGACCCAGCGGGCAGCCUGCUUUUCAGAACGUGGUUUGGGGUGACUGGGGGUUUCUCUUUCCUUUUCCUUGCUUACUCCCUUGGGGGCCGGGUGAGCCGGGCAAAGCUGCUGGACUGCUCAGUGAGUGCACAGCGGCCUCCAGUCCUGCUGGUUAUCACAGGCUGCAGGACUCUUCUGUUGCCUGCUUCUCCUCCGAGCCGGGACUCAGACUCCUUCUCAUCACUGCCUCCAGGAAGCCCCUUGGUAGCCCCUGAAGUUAGGUGACAGCCCACCCCAGCCCAGGGCACCUCUGCUGGGCCGGUCCCCGGGACCUGGGAUGCUAUCUGUUUCCCA